AGUCUUCCCUAGCUCUCCACAGCUUCAAUUCCCUCCUUCACUUCUUUAAUUUUUACUGUAAAGGAGAUAUUCCUCAUGGCUGACACAGGAGGUUCCGUCUCAUCAAGAAGAAUGUGGUGUUCAUUUCCUGAGAGGCUUCAGCUGCACUUGGCCAUGUUGGCCUUGCAGUUUGGCUAUGCUGGAUUCCAUGUCGUUUCUAGGGCUGCCCUUAAUAUGGGAGUCAGCAAGCUUGUCUUCCCAGUUUAUAGGAACAUCAUCGCUUUGCUUCUGUUACUUCCAUUUGCAUAUUUUCUUGAAAAGAAGGAAAGGCCGGCGAUUACUCUCAACUUCCUUCUUCAGUUCUUUGUCCUGGCGCUAAUAGGUAUAACAGCAAAUCAAGGAUUCUACUUGUUGGGGUUGGACAACACCUCACCCACCUUCGCAUCAGCUAUUCAAAACUCCGUUCCAGCCAUUACCUUUCUCAUGGCAGCUCUGCUCCGGAUAGAGAAAGUGAGGCUAGACAGAAAAGAUGGAAUUGCAAAAGUAAUAGGAACCAUCUGCUGUGUAGCGGGGGCCACUGUUAUCACUUUAUACAAGGGUCCAGUCAUAUACAGCCCAGCCCCACGGCUAAACAAACCCAGUUCGUCGAUGUUCGUAUCUCUUGGAGAUGCGAGUGGGAAGAACUGGACCCUGGGUUGUAUCUAUCUCAUCGGCCAUUGCUUGUCCUGGUCUGCUUGGCUAGUGUUGCAGGCUCCGGUUCUCAAAAAAUACCCAGCAAGGCUAUCUGUCACCUCCUACACUUGCUUUUUUGGGCUCAUACAGUUCUUGAUCAUUGCUGCCAUCUUUGAGAGGGACCCACAGGCUUGGAUUUUUCACUCUGGGGGAGAACUCUUCACCAUCCUCUAUGCAGGAGUGGUGGCUUCGGGGAUUGCCUUCGCUGUACAGAUAUGGUGCAUCGACAGAGGUGGCCCUGUCUUCGUCGCUGUUUAUCAACCUGUUCAAACUCUUGUUGUCGCUAUUAUGGCUUCCAUUGCUUUAGCCGAAGAGUUCUAUCUCGGAGGGAUCAUUGGAGCAGUGCUGAUCAUAAUAGGACUAUACCUCGUUCUCUGGGGCAAAAGUGAAGAAAAGAAGUUUGCAGCAAAAGAAAGUCCAGCAAUCCAAUCUACUCCGGAGCACGCAAACCUCAGAUCACAAGCCCACAUCAAGACUUCACUCUCUCAGCCAUUGCUCGCUCCGUCAUCGGAAAAUGUUUGACCAGCAAAAUCCUAACCUUUAACAGCAAAGUUGGCUGGAAACCAAAAGCUUGUGUGUGUAUGAAGAAGUUGGUUCUAUUUCUUUCUUUUUUUUAUGGGAUUAUUGUUAUUAUUAUUAUUUUCUUGUUAGUAGUUAGUAGGAGGUCAAGGAAGGGGAGAUUUUGAGAGGGGGAUGAAGAAAAUGAUUAUGAUUUGUCACUUUUGUGUUGUGGCCCUGUGAGGCCUGAAGCCUCUUCCUUGGCCCUUGUGCUUUUUUAUAUGUUAAACUAUGGUUUGUUUUUACGAAAAGGAAAAGAUAGCUAUGCUCAAA